AUGGCUACUGCCGUCGCAAGCAAACCCUCGGCGCCCCACCAGAAAAUGAAGCGUCCACCUCUCCCCGCUGUCCAAACCAAUGGAGUCCAAUCUCACCAAUCAUCCCUUUCACCCUCUAUGAGCACGAAAAGACCACCCUCUGGCUCCAGUUUCAAACAACCUCCUCCCGCGCCGAUUGCCAAUGGUGUCAAUGGUAAUGUCAACGCAUUUGCGUCGCGCUUGAGCAAUCGGAGGAGAGAAACACAGAAGCCGGGAGACUCAAGAUCAAACCGGAGUGGGAAGGGACUCGAUGGGCAAAGGGUGCCAAAGACGAUACCUGCGCCCUACGUCAAAACACAGCCAUAUAUCCUAAAGAAGUAUCGGAGCAAACCGCCGUCGCUCAUCAUACACCUACACCCAACGCAUUUCAGGUUCGACCAGCAAGAUGGUAGCUUCUCGUACGGCUCGCCAAUGAAGUUUAUUCUGGAGCAUCUAAAGUCGCAGACCGUGCCUCACGAUAUGGUAGAGGAGCUUCAGGCUGCUGGCGUUAGAUUUUACGAAAGCUGUCUCAUAGUGCAGGUUCAGGACCACAGAAGCACCUCCUCUUCAAGCGACUCGUCCACAUCCACAGCUACCACCAAAACUGACACCAACGUACCUUUCUCGAUUCACAACUACAACCAACACCUUACACCCUCACCCUACGUUCCUUACCCGCAGAUAGAGGAGGAACCCAAAGCCAACGGCAACGCACCUGUAGCACCAAGUGCAGAGGCAUCAGUCUCAAAAGACAAGCAAGCUAGCAAAGGUCCCAAGACUUUUACUGUCGUUCUCUUCCCAACUCCGCUCUCCCUGCAGGAAGAAGUCUAUAUCCAAGCCAAUACCCCAGACCUUCGCAACAACCGUAAACAGUCCGUUCAAGUACCCCGCACGCCAGCUUCUGCAACUAUACCACCAACACCGAUGUCCGCCGUUCCUCCCACACCGUCUGUUAACGGCCCUCCCAAUAAGAAACAAAAGAUGAUGAUCAGCGGGCAGGAGAUCCAUGAAUUUGAGAGCAGGGCGAUAACGACAACCGCUCCACCUCUUUUCCUAGAUCCCGUCGACAACAUUGAAGACGCCCAUACACUACUCGGCAAUUUGACUGAUCCUCGCCAUCAGCAAAGCCACCCUGCUCCUAAGACAAGGAAGCGCACUGUUGCUGAACUGGCCGCCGAUGAGGCCAUAGCAGCACAAGAGCAAGCUUUUAUGCUCAUUAUGGACGAGAGACACAAUGUGUCAGGCCCGGCUGCUAAGGCAGGGACGACUGAUGGAGAAGCGGGCACCGCAACGUUUGAGCCACGCUUUGAGACAUGGCAAGCUAUCAAGAACAUCAGGGUCGAGCACAAGGAGCGAGCUGAGCGAGAAGCUGAGGCCAAGGCACAGCGUGAGGCCCAGUUAGCGAUCCAGAAAGCACGGAAUGAACAACAGGCGCGAGAACACAGGGAAGAUGCCAUACGAAGAGGUAAAGAAGCUGAACAGCAGCAAGCACUGGAAAUCCAGCGGCAAAAUCACCACCUCAAAGAAAAACAAAUGAGAGACGCAGCCACAGUUCACCGGAUGCAAGAGAACCAGAUGAGAGAAUCACAAAGACAGGCUUUGGCUACCGGCCAGACUCAAUUGAACCACGCUCAUCCCAUGCCACAUGCAGUCUCCCAAGCUCAGCACUCAUCGCCGGUAGUGCGCAACUUGACGCCCAAUCUGCAUUCGUCGCCGCUGGUUGGUCAUGUAUCCAUGAACCUUACUUCCUCCGCUCAAGGGAAUGCCGGCAGUCCAGCACGGCCUCCUUCGGCUAUGCAGCAUGGACACCCUGGUUCUGGAGGUGUCGCUAUGGGCAAUCAAAGAAGCCGACAGCCACCCAGUCGCACAACCACGCCACUCAUGAAUGGUACGCCGGCCAUGCCGCAUGCUACACCUGUAGUAGGCCAUGCAACCCCUCGCGUGAAUCAAGGAAGUCCACCAAUGGCAACAAAUCCUGUAAUGAACGGCAUGCCAAACCAAGGCUUGAAUGGACAUCCACAGUACACAUCUCAGCAAUUGAAUGAGAUCAUGUUACGCCAGCAUCAUAAUCAACGGAGGCAAGCCGAAGUCAACGCCCAAUACCAACGAAACAUGCAGAAUGGCUCUCCCAACCCGCAGAUGUCUCCAGAUGGGAGGCCACCCAUGCAGAACCUCCAACACCUUGCUCAUCAAAACCAACAGCAGGUUCGCAACGAUUACAUGGUAUCGCUACAGAGGCAACAACAACUUCAAAUGCACAAUGGCAACGUCCCUCAUGGCAUGCCCAAUGGAGCCUCUCCAGCUCAACUUCUUCAACAACCUCGACCUCCACCGCAGAAUUCCAAUCAGCAGCCUCAACCCCAGCAACGCGCCAUGAACGCGCCGCAAACACAGCAAUCACAGCAGAUGCAGAAUUACAUCCAAACCUUCUACAACAAGACUUUGCAAAGCCUCGCCGCACGUCACAACAACAACCUCGCCGCGAUAACCCCACAAGAGCAAGCACAGGCAAGGCAAACCGCUAUUUCAAGGGGACAACAGCAUUUCAAGCAGCAACAAGCGCUAGUGCGGCAGCAGCAGCAACAGCAGAUUGCAAAUAUGCAAGCGAUGGGGCAAAUGCCGCCGGGGGUGACCGGGCAAAUGAAUGGGAUAGGCGCGCACAUUGGUGGGCAGCAGAUGAGUGAGCAGCAGAGGCAGGCGAUGAUGCAGAUUACACAGAUGCCACAUAUGAGUGGUCAUGGCGUGCAGAAUGUCAAUGGGAGCAUGCACUCGCAUAUGAAUGGUGGUGGGAUGGGUGGGAUGCAGUGA